AUGUCGGAUUGUAAACAAGAAAAUCAGCUCGAAUCUUCAAAAUUUGUCAUGCCACCUGCAUCAGCACACGUUUAUUCAUGUUUUGUGAAAAAUUAUACAAAUGACGCUGUACAAUGCAGUGUAUACUAUCUUGGCAGACCAAACGAGAACAAAUUUAAUGAAGUUAUUAACGUCACAAUUCCUUCACAAGAAGAAAAAUAUUUCGCUCGUAAAAUGUUUCAGCCAGACGCACCUGACGUUAAUGAAACGUAUGAUUCCAGUAGACAUUCGUAUUGCUCAUGGGUUAAAAUAAUACAAAAACUCAAAAUUGUAAAAACAAAUGGCAAAACAUUAGAAAUCGAACAUCCGUUUGACAAGGUGCAUAGUCCCAUCCGAAAUUGGGAAUUCCAUGUUUAUACGAUGAUACCACAAGAAAGUGCAGUACAAGCAUUAUUAACCUUGGUUAGGGCAGCAGGAUAUGAUAGAAUAGAUGGAUUAGAAUUAAGAACAAUAGCGAAAUUAACAAGAUUUGUUAUGAAAAAUAAGUAUUUCUAG